AUCUGUGUAAUCGGGACACAAGUAAAAUGGCCUGCAUGUGUUUAUGUUGAACUGACUCCCUAAGGAGAUUUAGGAAUGCGGAGUCGAAGAAAUAUAACGUAACCCUCAACGGAACUCGUCCAGGUAAGACGUGUAAAUAAAAGGUAUGGAUAAUUCUGACAGUCUUUGAGCUGCAUUGAAGUGGAAGUAAUCCUCCGACUGAAGUGUAGGUCACAGUGAGACUCGCCGUCAUUACAGGUUUGUUUGUAACCAGUGUUUAAGAUCACAUUCGGAACUCCUCAGUCAGAGUCCUCUUCUUUUACCAUGGCUUCUUCAUUUCUUGGACCCGAGGCCCCUCGGCCUUUAUCAGUGGCUACCGAAGGAUAUCAGAACCGCUACAUCAUUCCGCAAUUAAGCGAUUCAGAGAAACAUGUCUUCGGCGGAGAGUACGACGAAAAACUGUUCACGUUGAUCCACAAAUACUUGGAGCUGGGAACAACGGAUCGGUUCUGUUACAUCGGGGACAGCAAAGGGAGUUUCGCCCAAAGAAUAGUGGACAAAUUCUGUCUCCUUGAACCAGCCAUGAACGUUAUCCCUGGUCAUUACAGCUACGUUGAAACAGACACGGAAAAAGUUCUCUCGAUACGAGUUGCGCAUGUCGGGGCUGAGGAGUACUUCCGACAGUUAGCUAAAAGUCGGGACACGAACAAACCACAGUUUGAUAAAGUGAUUAUAAUAGAUGCAAUUCGUUACUUUGAGAAUCCCAUAGAUGUGUUUGAGAAUAUCAUGAAAUGUCUUUCAAAGCAAGGAAAACUGUUGAUAAUUCAUCGACCUGGCAAUAUUACAACACUUCCGGUUUUCAGGGAUGCACAGCAAAGAGUUGAAGAGAACGAGACGCCAUAUAUGGAUAUUAUCAACGCCUUACAAGCGUGUAAAUUAGACGUUCAAUGGGAGUUAGAAUGUUUACCAGUAAUUGUGCCAAAACGGAACUGGUAUUCGAAGCUACGCGAAAAGUUCCCGCCACAAAUGGAGAUCUUGAGCAGCUCGGAGAUCAUUGCCGGUGUGCGCGAGUUGUCGGAAGGUGUCUUGAAGUACACCACACAUGGUGAAACCGUCGAGUUCCUGGAUCGACUGUUGUUUAUUUCCGUUGCCCCUUCGACCUUGGAGUGCGGCUACCCCCGGUGCAACCGAUACGGCGUGGGUGACGUCAGCAACAUGGACAUGAAGGACCUUCGGUUUUCCAUGCAAAUGACGCCGGAAAUCAAGCAGAUGGUUCCUACACCAGCAGAACAAGCCACGGCCAAGGCCAAAAGACCAAAGACGAAAACGGAACGUCGGGAAGCGGAAAACCCUUGGGUCUGGACUACAUAAGAUCAUUUUUAUUGCAUAUGUUUUUACUAAUAGUGUAUAGCAUAUGCAGGUAUGUUGGAUAAGGAUAUUCUACCAGAGGGUGCAGAAUUUGGUGUCAAGAAUCUCGUAAAAGCCUAAGUAACGGUUCUGACACCAAAUUCUGCACCCUCGGGUAGACUAUUCAUAAGCACACAUUCAUACGUCAUGAUUUUUUCCAUUCCUUAACCUAAAUUUUGGCAAAACAGGAUAUGAAAAAACAAAUGCAACUCUAAAUACAAAAACUAAAGCCAUACCAGGUAUUUGGAAAGAGCAGAAAAAGUAUGUUAUAGCUUAGAUUUUAAGAUCCAUGCAAGACCUUCAGGGAAAGUUUGUAGAAGAAUCCUAUAAAUUGUGAGGUGGUGUCACUUGCCGACCACAAGUUAGCUGCAGUCAAUCAAACGCCGUUUAACGCCGCCAUCUGAUGGUGACGUCAUUAUAGUACAGGCCACUGAGUGCAUCCAUGUGGGAUUAAGUCAAUGUUGUCAAAGCUCUUGAAGAGGCGCGGGGCAAUUUAUGAUUAUAAGAAAGUGUGUGAGAAGAAAAUAAUAAAUCAUUCCUGUGUGAUCGUAGACAGAAA